AUAUUGCAGAGUGGCAUUUUCAAAUGUUUCCUUUUUGAAGGCACAUAUGAAAUCCAAACAUGGAGGAGAAGAAAUUGCUAAUUGGAGUCAAGGUCUUGCUUCUAAGAAUAGUGAACAUUCUUUCCAGCCAUCUAGUUUUCAUCAUUAUCUUACAAUUUUUAUGAAAAAACAGUCUUACAAGUGUGACAUAUGUGGUAAAUGUUUUGCAAAGCUCUUCCAAAUAAAAAAACACCUUAAAACUCAUACAGGAUUAAAGCCUUAUACUUGUGAAACAUGCAGCAAAUGUUUUUUGCAGUUUUCAAGUUUACAGAGACACCUUCUAAUUCAUACAGGAGAAAAGCCUUACAAAUGUGACAUAUGUGGUCAGUGCUUUAGGCAAAACUCAAAUUUAAAGAGUCAUCAUAGAUUUCACACUGGAGAAAAACCUUACAAAUGUGGCACAUGUGGUAAAAGUUUCACAGGAUGUAACAGUUUACUGACACACAACAGAAUUCAUACAGGAGAAAGGCCUUUCAAGUGUGUCAAAUGUGGUAAAUAUUUCAAAGAUACAUCAAACUUACGAAAACAUUUAAGGAUUCAUACAGGAAUAAAACCUUAUAAGUGUGACACAUGUGGUAAAGAUUUCACAGAGUUUUGGGAUUUAAAGAGACACGUUAAAAUUCAUAUGGCAGAAAAGAUUUACAAUUGUGUCAAAUGUUCUAAAUGGUUUAAAAAUCAAGACUGUCUUAAGAGACACAUUAAAAUGCAUUCAAUAGAUAAACAUUACAAGUGUGACAACUGUGAUAAACAUUUUUUAAUGCUUACUCAGUUAAAAAUGCACCUUAGAAAUCAAAAUUUAGAAAAGCCUUACAAGUGUGACAAAUGUGGUAAAUGUUUAUCAACAAGUCAAUCUUUAAACAACCACCUUAGAAUUCACACAGGUGAAUUACCAUACAGUUGUGACAAAUGUGGUAAAUCUUUUGCAUUGAAGAGCAGUCUACAGAUCCACUCUACAAUUCAUACUAAACCUCAUAAGUGUGACAAAUGUGGAAAAUGCUUCAUGGAGCUCUCAAAGUUUCAGAAACACUGUGGAAUUUAUAAAUGUGAAAAGCCUUUCAAGUGUGAUAAAUGUGGUAAAUGUUUCAAAGAAACAAAAACUUUACAGAAACACCAAGCAAUCCAUACUGGUGAAAAGCCUUACAUGUGUGAAAAAUGUGGUAAAUGUUUUAAACUCCUCACCUAUUUACAGAACCACUGUAAAGUUCAUAUGGCAGAAAAGCAUUACUACUGUAACAAAUGUGAUAAACGUUUCACAAAAAUAAAAUCUUUACAGGAACACCAUAGAAUCCAUACUGUUGAAAAGCCUUACAUGUGUGACAAAUGUGGUAAAUGUUUUAAACUCCUGGACUAUUUACAGAACCACUGUAAAAUUCAUUCAGGAGAUAAGCCUUACAUAUGUGACAAGUGUGGUAAAUGUUUUGCAUUCUUGUCCAUUUUAAAGGCACACAAUAGAAUUCAUACAGGAGAAAAGCCUUACAAGUGUGUCACUUGUGGGAAAUGUUUCACAUCUUCCUCUGGUUUAAAGAGCCACAAUGUAAUUCACACAGGAGAAAAGCCUUACAAGUGUAUCACUUGUGGGACAUGUUUCACAUCUUUCUCUGGUUUAAAGAAUCACAAUGUAAUUCACACAGGAGAAAGGCCUUACAAGUGUAUCACUUGUGGGAAAUGUUUCACACAGCUUGCAAGUUUAAAGAAGCAUCAUAUAAUUCAUACAGGAGAAAAGACUUACAAGUGUGACACAUGUGGUAAAUGCUUCACACAAUUCUCAUAUUUAAAGAAUCACCAUAGAUAUCAUACAGGAGAAAAACAUUACAAAUGUGGCACAUGUGGUAAAGGUUUCACAGAAUGUAGCAGUUUACUGAGACACCACAGAGUUCAUACAGGAGAAAGGCCUUUCAAGUGUGUCAAAUGUGGUAAAUAUUUCAAAGAUUCAUCACACUUACGGACACACUUAAGGAUUCAUACUGGAAUAAAACCUUAUAAGUGUGACACAUGUGGUAAAGUUUUCACAGAAUUUUGUUAUUUAAAGAGACACCUUAAAGUUCAUAUGAGAGAAAAGACUUACAAGUGUGAGAAAUGUUGCAAAUGUUUCACAACAAGUCUUUCUUUAAAUAACCACCUUAGAAUUCAUACAGUUAAAUUACCAUACAGUUGUGACAAAUGUGGUAAAUCUUUUGCAUUGAAUAGCAAUCUACAAAUCCACUUAAGAAUUCAUACUCACCCUCAUAAGUGUGACAAAUGUGGCAAAUGCUUCAUGGAGCUCUCAAAGUUUCAGGCACACAUUAUAAUUCAUACAUGUGAAAAGCCUCACAAGUGUGGCAAAUGUGGUAAAUGUUUCAAACAAAAAAAAAGUUUACGGAAACACCAAGCAAUCCAUACUGGUAAAAAGCCUUACAUGUGUGAAAAAUGUGGUAAAUGUUUUAAACUCCUGGACUAUUUACAGAACCACUGUAAAAUUCAUACAAGAGAAAAGCCUUACAGGUGUGAUAAGUGUGGUAAAUGUUUUGCAUUCUUGUCCAUUUUACAGGCACACAAUAGAACUCAUACAGGAGAAAAGCCUUACAAGUGUGUCAAUUGUGGGAAAUGUUUCUUUUAUUCCUCAGGUUUAAAGAAGCAUUAUAGAAUUCAUACAGGUGAAAAGCCUUACAAGUGUGUCACUUGUGGUAAAUGUUUCAGACAUAACUCAGGUUUAAAGAACCACCAUAAAAUGCACACAGGAAAAAAUAUUAAUAAGUGUGAAGAAUGUGGUAAAUGUUUCUUAGAAUUUUCCACUUUACUGAAACACCAAAAUUCUCAUAAAAAAGAACGGCCGUACAGGUGUGACAUAUGUGGUAUCCAUUUUGGACUACGGAGCACUUUAAGAAAUCACAUUAGAACUCAUACAGGAGAAAAACCUUACAAGUGUGACAAAUGUGGUAGAUGUUUCUCUCUGGCUUACUGUUUACGGAGACACCAUAAAAUUCAUACUAGUGAAAAACCUUAUAAGUGUGACAAUUGUGGCAAAUUGUUUAGGGAACUUAGCUAUAUCACAAGACACCUAAGAAUUCAUACAGAAGAAAAGCAAGUGUGGUAAAUAGGGUACAAGUUUUUCUGCUCUUUCACAUUUCUCCAACCAGCAAAGAGAACG